AUACUCUGAUAAUAGAUGAUUCUGAUAGCAGAAUGCGUUUUCAUUGCAGUUCUGAGGAGUGAACGGAGGUUGCAGCAGUUGAUCAGUAAGCGUCUGUUACAUGAAGACCCCUUGAAUGAUGAAGGGCAAAUUGGAACUGACAUUGAGACAGCAGCUCCUUUCACUGAGGAGGAGGUUUCACAGUUGCUGAAAAACAUCCGGAAAGGAACGGAAGACCGGGCAGUAUCUCUGCGACGUCUUCGGCACGGACUGCGGCACAAAGAAAAUCAACAGAAAUUCAUCAGGUUGGAAGGCAGCAUGCGGGUCUUGAUUGGCCUCUUCACCAGCAAUCUGGCAGAUCUUCAGAUGGAUGCAGCUCGCUGUUUACAUGAACUGUCACACUCCAGCGACCCCAAUGUUGCUGGGGCAUGUUUGCCAGCAACCUCCUAUCUCCUGACCUACCUCUCUGGACACAGUAUAGCCCUCAUGGAAUUGUGUUUGUAUACGCUGGGGAAUCUGGUGGUUGAAAUGAAGACUGUGAAGAAGCAACUUCUACCCCAAGGCAUCAUCCCAGUAUUGGCAUCCUGUAUCCAGUCUCCUCAUGUGGUGGUGCAAGAAGGCGUUGGCUAUGUUCUGUCCCAACUCUUGCAAUCCAGGGAGGCGCCCACUGAAAUUAUACCGAAUGCACUGCUGAUCUCCCAAAAUAUUAUACCAUCCCUAGUACAGCUGUUGCUAAAACUGGCUUCCAUGAUAUCAACAACUUCUGCUGAGGGCCUCGAAGUGUUGAUCUGUCCUGUGGUUCGAUGUGUUGCCAACCUUCUUGCAGAAGAUGAGGUUGAGAGUAGUCAACUACUGGGAGGGGAAGAGCGCUUAUUGAGAGCCAUGUUUGUCUUUAUACAGUACUUCUUUCACAAACAACUAUAUAUCGUUCAGGAGGUUCUGUGGCUUAUAAACAAUCUCACAGCUGACAGCACCAUUGCAUGCUCUGCUCUGCUCAACGUGGAUCUCUUUCCAUCUCUGCUGCAACUCUUACAUUCUCAUCAGAUGGUGAGCUCACUGGUAAGUAACAAUGGGGAUCAGGGA